GCUUGGGCUAAUUUUUAUUUUAAAGUGAACUAAUCCUUUAAAACGAAUUCUGGUGCGAUUGCUCUGUUAAUGCGUUUCACUUGAAUAAGUGUAAACGAUGCCAUCCGAACCCUGGUGCGCACCAAACAAGCGGACUGAGACCCAUCACAGUUCAAUCCAGGCGUCUCCUCACAGCAGAUCUUCGUUUGUGUGUCUGACGCAGGGAUUCCUGCCACUGUUUUGACUCCUUUACACAUUAUAUAAGCUCUUCACGAGUUGUCAGCUCCAUCAUAUGUCUGUACAUACAGCGAUCGGAUUUAGCCCAGCACACAACAUUGUUUUGGAUAAAAAUAUACAUCAUAAAAGCCCUUUUUUUUUGUUUUUGUUUUGUAUCUUUAGUUUCGGUGUUAAAAAUGACCGUGUGAAUGCUAAGUGAACCAGGACUAAAUGUAUCAUUUUCUUUUUUUGGUCCAGACCAGACCGAACCGAACUACAAGUGUGAACACACCAUAAAACAUGUACCAUGUUAUACAUCCACCUUGAGACCAGUUGCUUAAAUCUCAUAGCAAAAAUAGCUCAUCUAUUGCAGACAUUUUAAGUGUCUUAAAUGCCGAAAUACAGGUUUUUUAUGGGAUGCACUAAUGCUGAUUACGUUUGUCAUCCUUACUGUCAUCCUGCCUUCCUCACGUCGCCUGAUUCUUUCACCCUGUGUGAGGUCAUUACUAAUUCAUUCCCUCCUUUGUGGUAUCUCCAACAAGAGCUGAAAGCUGUCUGAAUGUAGGACAGAACCGAGUCUUAGAUUAUCCGACAUCUCCUCCUCUCUCUCUCUUCACUUCAGUUCACUCAAGCAUGACUGAUGCACUUUUAAAGAAAGAGGCUUCAGGUCUGUAGAGACUAACAAGCAGACGAAGAGAAAGAAGCUAUACAUUGAAAAUGAGAAAGAAAGAAGUGAAAGAUGAAAGAGGACUGGUUCUCAUCCCGGUGAAUUGUGGGGUUCUGUCAGCAUUGCUUCAUCGCUGAAGUACACAAUGUCAACAACACGUACAAUAUCAGCCUUGAACGGCAGUAUAAACACUGUCUGUUUGAUUUGUGUCUAUUGUAUUUGUGCUUAGGUGUAUGUAAUUUUUCUUGUACACUAUUCUCAGCUACAAAGAGCUCUUUGUGUGGCCGGCGUCUACACAGAGCUGUUCUCUGAUUGGCUGAGAGUUUGGAACUAAUAUGCGAUUGGUCAGGCUGCUUUUUCGGGAGGGAGUAAGUCAGAGGGGGUUUGACAGUGAAUUAAAACCGGUAUGAGGUGCACAAACACACACACACACACACACACACACACACGCUCGUGUUCACAUCUCCACAAUGUCCGUCGCUGUGCGUAUAAACCAGCUAACCGUUAUACUUCUGUCUGUGCAUCUCAUUCCAACCAAUCCGGUGGCAGAGCAAAGGUCACUUGGUAAAAGCAGAAAGCGUGUGAAUCCAGUCCUCCAUACGGAUCCUCCCACCCCAGACCCCAUCAGAGACACCCACCAGUACUGCAAUUACCCCAACCUCACUGAGCAUGGCUGGGAGGGUCACAGUCCGGCUGACUACAGGCUGCUGUCGGUCCAGGUAAUGAUUCGGCAUGGAGACCGUUUCCCUUUGUACUCCAUCCCCAAAACCAAGAAACCCGCCAUUGAUUGCACCCUAUCAGUAAAGAGAAAGCCCACUCAUCCCCUUUUGGCCUCCUUCAUUAGUCACAUGGCUCUCGGUGGGCGUGGUCACUGGGACGCAUCACUGGGAUCUCUGCCCCGAUUACCCAAUCACAGCACCUGUGAAAUAGGAGAGCUUACACAGACAGGAGUCGUACAGCACUUGAAAAACGGUGAUCAUCUUCACCAGGCCUACAUCAAGCGUCACAAUCUGAUUACUGCUGAUUGGUCACCGCGGAAGUUGUGGGUGGAGACUACAGGUAAAAGCCGCACCUUACAGAGUGGAUUGGCCUUCCUCUUUGGCUUCCUGCCACAUUUCGAUUGGUCGCGGCUGACGGUUCGACAGCAGUGGAGUACGCUGUUCUGUGGUUCCUCAUGCAACUGUCCCGCACGCAACCGGUACCUGGAGCAGGAGCAGCGCAGGCAGUAUCGCCAGAGGAUUGCCGACACGGAACUCGAACGCACGUAUGUCACCAUGGCCAAGACGUUGGGUGUGGCCACAAAGUCUCUGAGGGCAGCCAAUCCGGUGGAUGCGUUGUUGUGUCACUUUUGCCAUGGUCUUCCAUUUCCGUGCUCCAGCGCACAGAUUACGUCAAAUGGUCAAGAUGAGGGGGCGUGUCUUACACUACAGCACUUUGCUGUGAUUCGACGGCAGCAGAAAGAUGACGAAUUGGAACGCCAGAAGGCGGGGCUUUAUCGUCGCUAUGCUGUGCUCGCGGCACAUCCGUACCUCAACCGUACCGCAGCACGAUUGGAGAGGAUCGCCAAAGAAAGCCAGACGGGCAAAGGUAAAGAAGAGGCAGCCUUCGCUUUAGCAUCUGCUCAUGACGUAACCAUGGCGCCAUUGCUAAGCGCGCUCGGUCUGGAAGGGGCGGGAUUUCCGAAGUUUGCAGCCCGCCUAGUGUUUGAGCUGUGGAGUAGCCCUGAAGACAAAGAGAGAAAGAAUGAUAGAAAACGAGGAAAGUGGUUGGACAAUAUGUUUAUUCGUGUUCUCUAUAACGGAGAGGACUUGACCUUUGACACAGCUUUCUGCCAUGACCACAAUCGACGCUCUGCUCAGCCGCUGUGCCCUCUGGGUAAUUUCCUGUCUUUUGUGAGAAAGGAUAUGUUCAAUAUUGUCAAUGCUACGAGUUACCAGCAGGCCUGCCACCAAAUUGUACUGUAAAAUAUGAAUGUGAAUGAGAAAUGAGAGAGAGUACCAAGGGAAGAUAAACAGGAAUAGUUUACCUAAAUAUUCUGCACAAUUCUGUCAUCAUUUGCUGCUUCAUGUCGUUUCAAACCCAUAUGACUUUUUGAGGAAAAAUUAAGAGACUCCAAAAAAGCAAAAAAUCCCCCUAAAUGUCCAUACAAUUAUGCAUUAUAUUCCAAGGAGUUUCCAGGUGCUUGUCACUGCGUGAUUUCAUUGUAUGCAUCAAGAGCAGCAUGAACAUUUUUCAAAAUGUCUCCUUUUGUGUUCCGAAGAAGGUUUGGAAUGACGUGAAGGUGAGAAAAUGACAGAAUUUUCAUUUCGGGGUGAACUGUUACUUUAAGACUUUAAGAGUACUACUAAUGUUUUUGAUAUAGUGUUAGGUCUGUGGACCAAAUAAUUGUCCUGCACAACACUUGGUACACUUAGCUAAUCACAUCAAAUCAACUGACAAAAAACUGAAGACGUUUACAGCAAUCAUUGAGAUUGAGAUUUUAAAAUGUAGUCACUGAAUAUGUACAUCUGGAUGAUGACGAUGGUUUUAUAUGUGAUGUGAUGUCAAGGAUCCUUCAAAAACAUCUACAGAGGGUAGUCAACCAGAAUGCCUUUUACCGCCAAAUUACCCGCAAAGCCACCGCGGCAAAAAUAAACCAUAAGGGGCUGUUCACAUAUCGCGUCUUUUUCGCGCUCAAAUUCGUUAUUUCAAAUGUAGGCGCGCGGCAGGCACGCUCGUAAUGGAAGCGACUUGGUCGCGCCGCGUUUGUGGUGUGUUUUCCAGGCGCAUCGAGAUGAAAAAUUCUCAACUUUUCAGAAUGCCGCAAGCGCACCGUAGGUCAUGUGACAAGAACUAACCAAUCAGCUUCGGCCUUUCCGUAACAAAACAUCGAAAGCUCAGCCGAACAGCUGAUCAUAGCUGUACAGGGUGCUUUUUUAUAUCUCAUCUCCAUAAAUAUAAGCUAAUGCAAGAGCUAGAAAUCGAUUUAUCUUUUGCUGAAACUUCCUCGUCGUUGUGGAGAGCGCAGUUCAUGGUUGCAUAGCAACGACAGCGCAAGCGCUUUGGAAAGAAGGAGACGUGUUUUUAGACGCGAUAUGUGAACGGCCCCUAAACCAGCAUUUCAAAGUCGUUUGCGAAAUGACCGCCAGGUGGCGCAAAGGGACAUUUUGCAAAACAGCUGCAAUUGUUGCAUUAUGAAACGCAAGUAGAGCUGAACUCAUAAAUUAGCAAUAAUAAAAACACAACAUUUAUGUUAUAUAAGGGGGGGAAAACAUGGUUAAUGUUGUUUAGACAAACGAUACAAAUUCACCAGUUCACGUAAUAUUAUAUGUACGAAGAGUGAACUGUUCUAGCUAUAUAGUCAAACCGAGGAGGCACGUGCCCUCAGAUUUAUGAGGCAAAUUUAAAUGCACUGCAGCUUACAGCUUACAAAACACAAAUAUAUAUUACAUUUGAUACAGUCACACCAGUGUGAUUAGAACGUCAGUGCCAAAUGUCAUCAGCUGCUAAAUUUGUUCGCUCUAAGGCUUGCGCUGAUCCAAAGACUGACACACACUCAUUUAUCAUUUAUCUCAACCAAAGAUCACAACUGUUCAGUGUUUACAGUCAUAUAAGGUUUAUUUGUGUUUCUGAUAUUUAAAUACACAAAGUAGGCCUGAACUUGAAAUAUUAAUUCUCAUAUGUACUAUUCAUUACCAAUAUAUAACCUGAUGCUUAUAUUUUUCAAAACACCUGAAAAUACAGUCCGUACAUCAGAAAAAAUGUCAGUCUUUAUAUUUUAGUUGAGGGAAAUACACAUGCGUUAUGGACUGCACGUUUUGUAGACUUUCUGUGAAUUGCAAUGCACAAACCAAGCAUUAUCUGCCGAAUGGAGAAGGGUUGGCUCUUUACACAACAUAAAAUAUCUGUUUUAUUUCAAUUUUCGUUUUCGCAUUUCGGAGGAAAAAUGUUAUGGAAAAAUCUGUUAUGGAAACGCAUAAAAAAAAACUUUAACAGAGACCUCUAAUGGGUAAUUAAUAUGGCUGCCCCCGUUCAUUUAAGCCAUUAGUCGACUAAUCGCACGUUUAUAGCAUAUUACAUUAAUUAAUGUAAUAAACCACAAUGAGCCCUUAAAAUAUAGAGGCGUAGGGUAAUUUAGUCUGUGCGCAUAAAGCAUGCAUAAAGCUUGCUUGCUGCAAAGCACCGGCAAAAGUAGCCUAAUAAUUAUGAAUGUGUCGGGGAAAUUUAGACAUUUAAUAAUUGAAUUUAAUUUUCUGAGUCAGUGUCGAAUGUAAAGAUAAAGCUGAUGACGCUGACUCCACAGAACAGUGGAUGCGCCCUUAGAGAGAAAUGCAACUAAUCAGACGGUUGCCUAUUGAUUUCGAUAUGAAUUGGUUCAUUUAAAAGUGGACAUUUCAAGCUUUUAAUGGACAUAUUUCUCAUGUCUGUGAGGCAAGCGUUGAGACGCAUGUAUAAUGAAGAAGAAAUAAAAAGAAUGAGUGAUGUGUGUAUGGUAACAACUCUUGCACGUUGCAGCGGUCUCAUGCAGCCAUUAUCAUGAGGAACACACACAUUUGCUCUCUGCGUGCUGAAGUCAGAAAUUAACAAUAAGGAUGAAAUAACACAAUGAUGGUAUUUUUAUAAAGCAAUAGGCUACUAUUUAGUUAGUAAUAAUAUAUGAAACAUACAUAAAAAAUAAUAUAUAUAAAAAUCGUAAUAAUUCAUGUUGUAACUUGCCAUUAUUUAUUAAACCAAAAGCUUGGCCAUAAUAAUCUUUUACCUAUUUCUAAGCAUCAAGAACAGUAAAACAUAAACGCUGUAGAGACAACAUAGGUUAAAGGUGCUGUAAGUAGAAUUUGAACCACGUUGUUGAUAUUUGAAAUCAAUCCAAACAAACCCACCCCUCUCUUCAUUGCUCCGCCUCUAAAACUCACAAUCCAAUCCAGACCACCCUGCUCCGAGUCAGUCUCGAACCGGUGCCUGUUCGCUGCUGGCAUGCAAGGCGAAUGCACUAUCAGUGACACUAAGUACAGCAUUCCCUAGCAGGUGUCAGUAUAACUGCAAAACUCUCACUAUCUGGCCACUGUUAGACACACGCAAUGCGAGUGGAUGCCUGUUUAUAACAGCUGACGCGCAACAAAAUGCUUCACGAUAAAUAAAGCGCAGUUGAUGAACGAACGACAGGGAAGCACAAAAAAAAAAAUGAACAUACAGUACACAAGAGUAAAUACAAAGUGUUCGUUGUUAGUCGCAAACAGCACAGCAGCUCCAGAUAAUCAAAACCGUGUUACUCACAUGAACGGGAUCAAAGCAGCCUCCGCGUCUGUUUGCAGGCCUUCCCACUCUCUCCAGUGCUGGAACGUUUUUCUAAUACAAACGCGGGUCCUAAAGCGCUUGCCCAGGCAUAAUCCUUCAUUGCAGUGAUAUUCUUUUGAGCUCUUUUGUAUUGUCCCAUUUCUAGUUCUGCAGUUUUUAUUUUUUUUAUUUUCAAAUCUCCCUCUUGCUCGUUCUCUUGUCAUAUGCCCCCUAAUGCUGAUUGGUUACACGUUUGUUGUUGGUGUCGGCCGACUAACUUCCAAACAGUGGAUUUGAAAUACUACUUUAGUCCCCUUUAACACAAUGUUAUCUUAAUAAACACCUACUACUAAUAAAAAUGACAAGGAAUAACAAAGCUCAAAAAAGCGUUUAGAAUCAAUAUGUACAUUUCAAUCAUUUUUAUUUGUGACUGGAGACAAAGCCAGGAUUCGAACCCUAAACAUUGGAAGCAUUAUCUUGAAACCUUGCGGCUCAAUCCACAAUGAUAUCUAGCCACUACUGCUACUUAGUUCAAAGACUAAUUCAUGUAGCAUUUUUAUACUGACAUAUAUUUUUAUAUUGAAAUAUUUUCAUUUUUAAUUAAAGAAAAUUAUGCUGAUCACAACAACCUACUAUAGCCUAUUUAAUUCUAAAUAUCAUAAAGAAGCAAAAACACAAAUGCUGCUGACUUCGGUUAGCAAGUCAUGACAACGUCUUAGGGUGUACUCACUGGUUCACUUUCUAACUUUUCAAAAUCUGUGAUUAGAGCGCCACUUAGCGAUAAAAGGCAGCAAAUAAACAUCCCCAAUUUUGCCGCUGCGGGAGCGGCGACGGUGAAAGUAUUAUUCUGGCUGACUACCUACUGUAUAUCCAGAUAAGCACUCAAAUAGUCACACCUCUUGCCUUUAUUCUGAGUCGGUGAUCUAGAAAUCCUGCACAGUCAUUAAGACAAUCCUAAUGGUUUUGCUAAAUAGAGAAAAUGUUUGAACUGAAUUUUUUUGACCACAUUUCUUAAACAUUUGUAUUAGAUAUAGGGCACUUCGCCACUUUAUUGCAGUUUCUGCAGUGAUCGGGAAUUGGAUAUUAUUUCCAUUUAACGUCCCUUCCGUUUGAUGUCCCGGAUGAGUUCUCGCUUGAAUUGUACUAGCAGAAUUUCUUGUUUUCGGUGCAAUCAUGUUGUCCUGACACAUUCCUCACACAUUUUGUGUGCUUUUAAUUUCUUUUACUACUUUAUUUUCAUGUAACGUAAAGUUAAAAGGAGUGGUAGUAUUUCUGAAUACUGUAAAAUUGAUUCAGAUGAACUUUUGUAUGAUGUUCUUAUGAUCAGUGUGUACUGCCACAUUCCAAACCUCAAAGCACAUUUUUCAAUAAAUGAAUCAUUUUGUCUAAAA